AUGAGUCCAAAUAUCGUCGCGGAAAACCAAGCUUCAAAUCCUCUACCCCCUUCCUUUAAUGACUUUGCUUCAAAGUUUACCGGUGGGAAAGGACCGACAAGUCAAUUUUACACACAUUGUGGGCGGGAAUUCUUUCACGAACAGAUGAAAGCUCUCAUCGAUGAUGAAUUUGCGUAUGCAUGGGAGCAUGGGAUUGUUAUCAGAUGUGGCGAUGGUAUCUCUCGACGGUUUUAUCCGCGGAUCUUCACAUAUUCCGCAGAUUAUCCAGAAAAGAUCCUUUUAGCUAGUAUUCGCGACAAAGGAGCCUGCCCUUGCCCGCGUUGCCUAGUCCCUAAGAUGGAGAUUAGCAAGUUGGGAUCUGCAGAAGAUCGUCAAAAAAGGAAGUCUUCAGCAAGAGUGGAUGACGUGGGGCGGCGCCGUAACAUUGCCAAGGCGAGGAAUCUGAUCUACAAAGAAAACAAUCGGGUAAAUGGUGCCGCUGUAGAAAGGAUUUUAAAAGAGGCGUCUUUGGUCCCCAACCAAAAUGCAUUUUCCGACAACUUAAGUCAUCUUGGAUUCAAUUUUUUUCAAAUGCUGGCCGUUGAUUUGCUGCAUGAAUUUGAACUGGGAGUGUGGAAAGCAUUAUUCACUCACCUUCUCCGUAUCCUGGCAGCAAUCAAUCCAGAUUUGCUAAAUGAACUUGACCGAAGAUAUCGACAAAUCCCAACCUUCGGCAAGGGCACCAUUCGAAAGUUUUCUUCCAACACUUCUCAAAUGAAGAAGUUGGCCGCUCGCGACUUUGAGGAUAUUUUGCAAUGUGCAUUACCCGUGUUUGAUGGCUUGCUGACUGGCGACAAUCAAACUUCAGUCAUGCGCUUAUUAUUCAUUUGCGCUCACUGGCAUGGACUUGCUAAACUUCGCAUGCACUCCGACCCAACACUUCAGCUGCUUGAUGAUCUGACAACUGAAAUUGGAAGCUCGUUACGUGAGUUUUCAAGCAUUGUUUGCCCCUCCUACAAAACUCGCGAACUCCCUCGUGAACUGGAGGCACGACAUCGCAGAGCUGCCAAACAGUCAAAAGCUGAUGAUGUCACACCUACAAGCAUCACUCGCUUGGAGACUACGUCAAUGAAAUUUGAGAAAGAGGGACAACAGAUUCGUAUAGCACUGAGCCCUCUUUACCAGGGAGAAUUGGAACACCGAACUCCGAAGGCGAGGUAUCGAAGGACCGACAAAAAGCUUUUUAUCAAGCAAUUGACACAGAUUGAACGGCGCCAAACCCGUUUGCGGCGCCUCAGAAGAAAUUACUUUCCAACUUCACCCCUAUCUCACAGUAAUAAGGAGAGAUUGAACGGAUCGGCCAAGGAUCACCAUCACAUAGGAAAAUCCGAAGCUCUCUAUGAAGAUAUUGGCUCGUUUCUUCGGACUCGUGAUGAUGACCCUGCCACAAAGAAUUUUCUCCCAAAACUCAAAGCACAUUUGCUCCCUCGCAUCCAGGCUGCUAGAGUGCCAUCCGAUCUGGCCUAUCUGAAUCAAGUUCAAGCUCCCCUGCACACUGUAGAACCCCAGACGCUCGACAAUGUGCUUUUCAAGUUUAAUCGCCUCUACUUUCACAAUACCAUGUGCGUCAAUUACACAACAUAUGACAUUCGCCGGGCUCAAGACACCAUCAACGUGAACACUGAGCGCCGAGAUAUAAUGGUUUUGUCAAAGAGUGACAGUUCUGGUACUGAUGAUUCUGAUGAGUCAUUGGCCUUCAUAUACGCAAGGGUUUUGGGGAUUUGUCAUGUCAAUGUGGUCCAAACUGGUGCCGCAACGCCAGACUACACUCCUCAAAGAUUCAACUUCUUGUGGGUUAGAUGGUUCAGAAGGGUCUCACCUGGCAGUUGGUGA